ACGGCUUUCAUUGCCAGCAUGUCCCAUAAUCCAGUAAAGUACUAGUCUAUUAGAUAAUUACUUUAUCAAAGCUGGGAGUUGGGACAACUUAAUUUGACAAAAGCGAAAAAGGAAAAAAAGGAUUCUGAAAUUUGAACCUGAAGCGAACAAAAUCAGGCUCCACCAUUGUCAGCUGAGAUUUUAGCUUACUACAAUGAUAAUGCACAAUAGUGGGAAAUUUGAGAACCGAGAUGGAGGAGUUAUUUCAUAAUAGCCACCCGGAGCAUCCUCUGAAACCAAUUACUAAACUCCAUCAUGAUGAAUCCGCAGGGACAUCCAAAUCAUGCAAUGGCUGUCGAAAACCGUUACGCACAAAAGCAGGGGAGCCCUAUUUCAGUUGUGAGGAAUGCCAAUUCUUCCUUCACAAACGAUGUGCAGAGAUGCCGAGUGAGAUCCAGAAACAUCCCCUGCAUCCUAAGCAUAAACUCGCACUUUUCGCGUCGCCACCUUCUUCAUACAGCAAAUGUGACGCAUGUCGCGGGGCCUGUGAGAGUUUCGUCUACCAUUGUUCCAUUUGUUGGUUUGAUCUGCAUAUCUGGUGCGCUUUUCCAGAGACCAAAUUGGAUCAUCCCAGUCACGAGCACCCGUUGGUAUGUCUGCAAAAACCUUCCAUCUUCACUUGUGAUGCUUGUGGGGGAAGAGAUGAACAACAAUCAUAUGUUUGUGCCCAAUGUCACCUAUGGAUUCACAUGAGCUGUGCAUUGUUACCGAGUAUCAAUUAUCGAAAUGACCACAAUCACCCGUUUUCUCUGGCUUACUCUGUGCCGACAGAGUUUCUCAGGCAUGAGAUUCCAUGUGAGUUUUGCUUCAAGGAAAUACCAUUUUAUAGUUGGGUAUACUACUGUAGCCCUUGUAGGUAUAUCUUUCAUCUGGGCUGCUUUGGAAAUUACAGAAAUUCAAGGACUCCAAGAAUUGUGACUCCGGGUACGCUGAAAUUGCCUACAAGCAACUUUGUGGAGGUAAUAAAAGAGUGGUUGCAGGUACGUCGAAAGGAAAUUCUACAAGAUCCCAAAGUUGUGAAUCCUAGUCGUUGUGAGCAUUCCCUUGUUUCUGUGAACCUGGAAAAUGUUUCAAACUCAAACGACAAAGAAAUCGUCUGCAAAGUAUGCACAGAACCAAUCGUUUCUUUCUGCGGUAAAUGUGAACAAUGCAACUACUUUUUCCACUUCACCUGUGCUCAACUGCCCAAAGAGAUUGACCCGUCACACCACGAGCGUGGGAUGCAUAAACUUCAGUUGUGUUUUCUUAAAAAUGUCUGGGGAAAGAUCAUUUGUGAUGGUUGCGGAUUGGAUUGUAAUGGCUAUUUCUACAAGUGCAGCACUUGUUUUCGGGGAUACCAUUUGGAUGUCAAGUGUGCUUUGUUGCCCUAUAGCCUAAUGCAUAUGGCACACCGACAUAAUCUUCCACUCCACCAAAAUUAUGGAAACACUAGCUCCAAAUGUCGGUCUUGUGGUGUCCGCCCUUCGUGGCUGUUCUUCAGCUGUGGGGAUUGCGAGUUCUUUCUGGAUUAUGAAUGUGUCACGUUGCCAGAGACUGUCAAGCAUAGGUGGGAUAAGCAUCCGCUUCAACUCAGCUUUCCUCCUUUCAGUGAUCGUCCUGAAGAAUUCUAUUGCGAGAUCUGCGAAGAAGAAAUUCAUCCUAAACGAUGGCAUUACCAUUGUAAAGAAUGUGAUCGAUCUUUUCAUCCUAACUGUAUCCCCAAAAUCCGGUAUCGGAAUUGCAUUUUUGGUGCCACUCUUGAAUAUGGCAAACAUCCGCAUGCUCUCAGAUUUGUCCGCGAAGGUUAUUACUAUUCCAAGUGUGAUUCUUGUCGGAAACUCAUGCACGGCAAAAGGGUGUUUGAAUGCGCAAGUUGCCGAUUCUGCAUAUGCCUCAGUUGUGUAUCAGAAGUUGCAAAAUCAGGAAAGGUUAUCGGCCCAGAUCAGAUAUCUGAAUGAUAUACUAGGUAUUGUUUGCAUUCUGAAGGUAUCUGCCCAAGUUCAGUUGCAUAUUUAUUCAUUGUAUUCGGGCCAUUGGCGGUACGAAUCGUAGCCAAAAAUUUAGCAUUCAGUUGUUGCAUUAAUUGUAUAUUAAUAUUAAAUAAACUUUUUUUUUUCCUUCAAUUGUUCUAACAAACCGAAUAAUAUGACAGUUGAUAUGGUAAUGACAAAUAGAAAACAACUUGUAUUUUACUCCAUUUGAUUUUAAUUAUCAUUUCCCUAAUUCUGAGUGUUUUAUCUCUGUGUUUGGCCACUUGUGGUUCUGUCAUCCCAGUUUGAAGGAAAACUUCCUCAGCUAUCGAAAGCAGUUAUUUAUACAGCUAUAUUUUCUCUUAGAAGAUAAUGUAUCUGCGCUUUUUUCCUUCUUUAGAUUGUCACCAAAC